UCUACCAUCUGCGAACCAAAACAAAAACCUCGAGGAUGCCGGAUUGUCCCUUGCCUUAGGUGACCUCGUUUGAGGGCUGUUUCCGGCCGAUGGAGGGCAAGAAUGAGAAGCCUGGAGAUGGAAUUCGCUCCAUGCGUUCGUCCACCCUGUUCCGAGCCACAAAUUUUGAGCUUUACGCUAAACCGAAUAAAAUAAUCAUGGCUCUGGGACUGGUGGGCCUGAGUGUCAGCAUCGGCUACAUGGCCUACAUGCGUACCCAGCACGAACGGAUGGGUCUGUACACGGCUGUCGACACGGAAGGGCAGGAGACGUUGAUGAAAAGGCCCUCUCGGUGGGAUUGAUUUUGAAGGAAAAUAAUUCAUACAUAGAGACCACGCAAAUAAAUUGCUUGUAAGAAUAAAGUGUAGAUAUCAAUGGAAUGUUUAAA